AUGCCUGCUUUUACUACUCUUUUGGGUCGAUCCACAGCAGCUGUUGCUGCUUUUAAUGGGACGAUGCAACCAGGCUAUACGUACCGAGGCUAUGAAUACCUCGGUUGCGCUGCUGAAGGGAAAACUGGACAUGCACUUCAAAGUGGAUAUUUGGGUGAUGUAGGAGGCAUGACCAUCGAGAAAUGUAUAGAGUAUUGUGGCACGAAGAACAUGCCUCUUUUGGGAUUGGAGUAUGGAAAGGAUUGCUACUGUGGUAAAACUCUACUUGAGGGCUCCACGUUCUAUCCUAACCAGGCCAAAUGCAACAUGAAGUGUCCGGGAAACAACCUGCAAACCUGCGGAGGAAGCCUUUCUCUUUCGAUUUUCAACAACACGAGGAUCACAGCCCCCAAGCCGCCAUCCAAGGUCGGGACAUGGGCCUUCGAUACAUGCUACAUGGAACCGGCGAUGGGUCGAGUGCUUCCGGAUGUUCUCUGGGUCAAGAACGGCAUGACGAUGGACAUGUGCACGAGCUAUUGCGCCACCAACGGCAAUUACAAGUACGGUGGUGUGGAGGAUGGCAACCGGUGCUUCUGCGGCCGCCAAAUCACCGCAGGGGUGAAGAAUGCCUACGACAUGGACUGCCCCAUGACUUGCGAUGUUCCGUGUCCUGGCAACGACAAGCAGAUCUGCGGCGCCAACGGCGUCAUCACGGUUUAUAGGAACACGGCCUAG